UUGUAGACUGAUUUUUAUUUUUGCUUAAACAUUCAUAAACACGAAGAUGCCUACCUUUAAGAGACUUAUUUUAGGAAGACGAUUUUUGCAUUGGAAGAUUGGUGCAGUAACACUUGUAUUUAUGGGAUUUUUAUUUUUAUUACAAAGAGAAGUAGUUGACAAAGAGAGAGAUGAACUUGGAGUUCAGGGAGGCAUUUACAAAAAGAAAAAAAUGUUGGACAUGGUGAUAGAUGCCGUCAACAAUAUUAAAGAUGCUAUGCCAAAAAUGCAGAUAAUUGCACCAGUCAGACAAAAUGACAAUGAUGGUAAGAGACAGUGCUUGCCUGGAUAUUAUACAGCAGCAGAGCUGAAGCCUUACCUUGAACGACCUCCUCAAGAUUCAAAUGCUCCUGGAGCUUCUGGAAAAGCUUAUAAACCUGGAAAACUUACCCCAGAAGAAGAAGAAGAAGGAGAGCGUGGAGACAAGAAACACUGUUUUAAUGCAUUUGUUAGUGAUCGGAUUUCGUUGCACCGUGAUUUGGGACCAGAUACAAGACCACCUGAGUGCAUUGAGCAGAAGUUUAAGCGGUGUCCACCUCUUCCCACUACGAGCAUUAUAAUUGUGUUUCACAAUGAAGCAUGGUCCACGCUGCUCCGAACUGUUUACAGCGUCAUGUAUACAUCUCCUGCUAUACUUCUUCAUGAAAUCAUUAUGGUGGACGAUGCCAGUGUAGAUGAAUAUUUGAAAGAUAAACUGGAUAAGUAUGUGGAGCAGUUUCAAAUCGUGAAAGUGGUCCGGCAGAAGGAAAGGAAAGGUCUUAUUACAGCUCGAUUGCUGGGUGCUUCUGUAGCGACUGGUGAUACUUUGACAUUUUUAGAUGCACACUGUGAAUGCUACUAUGGUUGGCUAGAACCCUUGCUGGCACGAAUUGCAGAAAACGACACUGCUGUUGUCAGUCCAGACAUCGCCACCAUUGAUCUUAAUACAUUCGCAUUUAGCAAUCCAUCACCCUAUGGUAAUAAUCACAACAGAGGGAAUUUUGACUGGAGCCUUUCAUUCGGUUGGGAAUCUCUUCCCAGCGCAGAAAACAGGAGACGGAAAGACGAGACCUACCCAAUAAAGACACCUACAUUUGCUGGAGGUCUCUUUUCUAUUUCCAAAGAAUACUUUGAGCACAUUGGAAGUUAUGAUGAAGAAAUGGAAAUCUGGGGUGGAGAAAAUAUUGAAAUGUCUUUUAGAGUUUGGCAAUGUGGUGGCCAGCUGGAAAUAUUGCCAUGUGCUGUUGUUGGUCACGUUUUCCGCAGCAAGAGUCCGCAUACAUUCCCUAAGGGUACCCAGGUUAUUGUGCGGAAUCAGGUUCGACUAGCUGAAGUUUGGAUGGAUGAUUAUAAGGAAAUAUUUUAUCGAAGAAACAGAGAAGCAGCUAAUAUUGUCAAAGAGAAAUCCUAUGGAAACUUGUCCAAGCGACUUGAUUUGAGACAUAGCCUGCAGUGUAAGAAUUUUACGUGGUAUCUAAAAAAUAUUUAUCCUGAAAUUUAUAUACCAGAUCAAAAUCCUCUUAUAUAUGGAGAUAUAAAAAACAUAGGCAGAGAGUUGUGUUUGGAUGUUGGAGGUGAUAAUCAUGGCGACAAACCUCUCAUUCUUUACAGCUGUCAUGGGCUUGGAGGCAACCAGUUUUUUGAAUAUACAACAAAUCAUGAAAUUCGCCAUAAUAUUCAAAAGGAGUUGUGCCUUCGUCCUAGUAAGGGACCAGUGCUUCUAAAGGAUUGUGGGUAUCAAGGCAUGGGUACAUCUGUGAAUCCUGAAGAUAAAUGGGAAUUACUAAAGGAUCAAUUGCUGUUCAGUCCUGCCUUUAACAUGUGCCUUACAUCGAAUGGAGCCAACCCGCACCUCAUACCAUGUAACCCUUCCGAUCCUUUCCAACAGUGGGUUUUCCGACAGAGUGAAUAAAUUCGAUAUCAGGGGCUGUUUUCUCUUUAAUGCUGUGAAAAGAAUACACUGUGGCAUUUUAUGCAAUAGCAGCUGACUAGAAUUAUGUCUGGGAUGUAAAAAAAAGAAUUAACAGACCUGCUAAACAUGAACUAAAAAUGCCAAAGAAUGUUUCAAAUCUGUUUAUUUUCCACUCUGUUUACAAUAUCAUAAUCUAAAGGAUUAGGUGGUGGGAAUAAGCCCGUGCCUUACAUUGACAAGGAAAAGAACUGAUCACAAAAGCUUUAUUUUGUGGUUAAAGUAUGGUUGAUCAAUUUACACAUUACCAAAUGUCCUUAAAAACAAUGUUUCGUAUCUGUUGAAAAGAUCAUCAAUAUUUUUUUUUAUUUUUUUAUUUUUUUUUACGACUUGCAAAUUUUGGUUAGAAAGCAAUAGUGUAAACUGUUCAAAAAUUGCUCAUCAGAGGAGUUAUGGUUUUUAAUUAUUAAUUUUUUUUAGCUAUUAGUGUGACAUAGUAUCAGUGGUGGAUAUCUUAUUUUCAUUAUUUUACGGGUUUUUUUCCUCCAUCCUAAAAUAAAUGCUAUUUCUACUAUUUUUGCCAGAAGUGCUGUUAAGAAGCAGAAGAGUCUAAAGAAAUGCUGCAGAAGCCAGCCAAUCCUUUGGAUUCAGUAAAUCUCCUCAGAUAGUCAGGUCUAACUAAUCUCUAAAUCCUGGACUGUUGGUGUUAAGUACCUGUGAUAGAACCUUUGAAUUAGACGCACAUUUUUCUUGCUAUGGUAAUAUCGCCAAACCAUUGCUUUUGAAAAAUGAUUAAGCCAAUUAUGCUGUAUGUAAUGUUGACUGGGAUAGUGUCAAAUUUGUCUGAUCUGGAUACUGGGGGCUUAACAUUGUUUAUUUGUAAUUGCUUCUAAACACUACUUCUACCAAAGAAUGGAGGAAUUCUCGAAAAAGGAAAAAAAAAUCUUUUUCUUUACAAUAACUUUCGAUUCUUUUGUCUGACGUAUACAUUUGCUGUUAUGAGCAAGUCGAUAAAUCCGAUUUUCUUACAUUUACUCUCUUGCACUUUCAGAGCAAGAAGGCCAUGCUUUUGUCAGACGAAUUUGAGUGGAAAGGAAAGGUCUUCUAAUAGUGGGUAUCCAACUACAAACUUUUCAACUGUUUGUGGCUUACAACUCCAAUAACCUGCCACCAACAUAGAUUAUAGGAGUUGUAUUAAAGCAGGGGUGGGGAACCUUCGGUCCUCCAGAUGUUUUGGACUACAUCUCCUUUGAUGCUUUGCCAGCAUUAUGUCUGUAAGCACAUUAUGGGAGAUGUAGUCCUAACAUCUGGAGGGUCGAAGGUUCCCCACCCCUGUAUUAAAGGGUCACUCCAACCACCAUGACCACUUCAGUGAUAUUUAAAGUGGUCAUGGUGGGUAGGAGUCUGGAUGUGCAGUGUUUCUGCUUGAGUCACUGCACACCCAGAGUUAUUGUUAAUUGUGUGCUAGUUGUAACCCCCACACACGUGACAUUGGCAGUCCAGAACUCUGUUUAUAUUUAACGUCUGUCAGCAUGCACUGCACUCUGCCGACAGACGUUAACAUAUUCCCCUUGCAGGCGGAGUUGGUCGGAGUGACUUGAGGACAGAGUGUGGAAGGCAGUGCCAGGAGCUUCACCUGGUGCUAGAUUCCAGGUUUUAUUGCAAUCCGAGA